AUGUUUAACUAUUUAGGGACAUCAUAUCGUAAGGAUAUGAUUGUCUUUACUCUGUAUUUUAUUCUAUUCCUAACAAAAUUAUGCUAUUGUGGAAAUGCAGAGGUGACUGUACCUUCCGUAAACACUACUUUUGACCUCUCUUCUCCCGAUCCUUCCUUGGUUAGAGACUAUGAGAGUACUAUAAAUGGAGUAGUCUACCGUUCAUUCUUCCCCAAGGGACUACUGUUUAGUAAGGUCAUAGAUGGGGAAGUCACUCUCUGGGAAGGUAAGGGAGAAGAGAGAUGUAUAUCUGUGGAAUAUAUUACAAAGGAAACGUCUACUCUAAUCUCUAUAGGAAUAAACACUGGUGACGGUUAUACCGAUAACUACUUUGAGAAACUGGACGGGAAAUGGAGUGGACUUACUACAGAGACGUUCAAGGAGAAGUUUAAUAAAGUGACUGGAAGGUCUCAGCGUACUAUCCCCGUCACUCUAGAUCUUUCAAAUCCUAGUGAGUCCAAUAUUUGUACAAAAAAUUACAGUUACAAUGGAAUAAUGUUUAAUAAUUUUUCCCCAAAUGAGGGUUAUCAUAUAGGAUACAUUGUGGAUGGUAAAGCCCCUGUUUGGAUAGGUGAGGAAGAAACAAGAUGUAUCUCUACAGGGUAUUCUACAAAGGGAGAUUUUUCCCUCCUUACCGUGGAGGUAGAUAACAGUGUUUCCAUUCAGGCAAAAUACUUUGAAAGAGUAGGUUCAGAGUGGAAGAGUAUUACAGGAUAUGAAUUUAAGGAGAAGAUUAGUGCAAUGAUUGGAAGGUUUGUAGAAUAUAGUGGAAAUGAUCAAAGCCUAGCCUCUCCAGAGAAUUCACAUCCUGAAGAGACUGUUGAGACUCCUGCUGGAACUGAUGAGGUACAUUCUGAAACACCAUUACAUCCUGUUAAUGGAUUGGCAGAUGACAAUGCAGAUGUCCCACCUUUUGAAUCUAGUAAGGAUCCCAGAGAAGUAACAUCUCCACCGUCUCAACAGAAUGAAGGACCCAAGGUUCCAGUGGAGCCUACUAUAGAACAAAAUGAACCUAAGGAGGAAGCUCCUAAAGAAUCUAAAGUAGAGGAUGCUAAGGCAGUAGUUGAGACUCCUGUGGAAGAAGCAAAGCCAGAAGUUGCUCCUGCGGAAUCUAAUGAAAAUGGAUCAGAAUCUGGUGAUGUGGAUGAGUCUCCUAAGGAGAAUGAACCUACACUAACUCCUACUAAAGAGCCUAAAAAACGUCUAAAGGGUAGAUAUCCAAAAGAUAUUGCUGAACAAGAAUCUCCUGAGUUAGAAGAGCUUAAUCCUGUGCCUGAUUUCAAAUCCAAAGUUGAUUCUACUCUCUUUGAUGUAGAGGAAGGAGAAGAAGAUGGUGUUCCAGUUCUUGAGCUCAAGGCUAAGCCGAGAGUUACAGUUACACGGUUUUCAUAUGAUGGGAAGAAAAUAUGGUCCGGAGUAGGAAGAUUUUCAACAUUCUUUUGUUCUUCAUCCACUUUAUAUUUCGAUGGUGACAAACCUGUCCUCUCUGUAGUAAUUUCCAAAGAUAAAAGCUGUAGGUUUGAGGCUACAUAUAGAUACCUUGAUGGCAAACAUUGGAGAAAUUGUACUCUUAGAAAUCAUAAUCGUAAGCUGAAAGUGUUGAAGAAUAAGUGCAAGCCUGAAGAUGCAUCUCCGGGAGUCAUUGAUGUGAAUAGCCCAGAUGGGUCACUCUGUAAAAUGUUCAAAUGUAUUAUGGACGGUGUUGAGACACUUUUAUGUGUACCGUCUUUUGGACUAAGAGAAAUAAACUCUGGUUCACUCAGAAUUUGGAAAGCUGAUAAGUAUUGUGACAUAUGCACAUUACUCAAAAUCCACCAUAAAGACGGCCAACCUGUCCUGAUUCACUUCACUGUAGAAUGUGGCUCCAAACUUUCUGGUUAUGCACUUUUGAAAUGUGGAAAAUUAUGGAAGAACAUUGAUAACUAUGACACUGAGGUAAAAAGGUUUGUUGCCGGUACUAAUUCUAUUCGUGGAUUUGUCUUGGAUCUUACUGACGUCGAAGAGAGUGAAGAAUGCAAAGUAUUCAAGGCAAAUCAGUUUGGUGUUUAUAUCACUAUUUUUGUACCAACUCCUGGCUUUUACACAACCAGGAUAACAUACGGAGAAUGUCUUAUCUACGUGUGUUGUCAAGAAAACUGUGAACAUGCUAAGAUUGUAAAGAUGCAUGAAUUCGGGUCAAUGACCCUAAUAAAUUUUGUAAUUUCAGAUUUAAAUGGAGCCAGAGAAUACUAUUAUGUCAAAGAUGGUGCCACUAUUUACAUUACAGAGGCAAACAAAAAAGUGAAUUUGAUCUUUUAUAAACAUCCAACUAAGGUUUCAAGAAUUUCUAAACCUGAAGACGAAAGAGCUGUAACGAGGCACUACUUUAUACCAAUCUACUACAUCACAUUCCCAGGAUACAAACGCAAAUGCUCGAGAACAUAUCGCUUCUGGGUUAAGGAAAAGGAUUUAAUAAAACUCCACUCUGUAAAGUGGCCAACGAGAAGGAGCAAACAUCCGGAUGUCAAUCUCUGUACAAGCAAAAGUGAAAUAAAAGCUGAUCCUGUAUGGUGUAAACGUGAUGUCCAAUCUAUAAAUGAAUACGUUUACAAGAUAAGAUCAAAUCUUUACAAUCGCUACAUUGUCUCUGGUCGUUGUAGUGGAGGUCAGGGAUAUUCCGGAUUAGCCUAUCUUCCUUGGCUUAUUCCAAAGAAACUCACUGAAAUAGUUUAUGCCCAGUAUAAACGAGUAUCUGAAGUUAGGAACAUAAGUAACUCGUUUCUUCCCAUUGAAAAACAUUUCAAUACAUCAUCACUCUUGCCAAGACUAAGCACUAGGUCCCUGGUACAAAAUUUCAAGUAUACAGUGCUUGUGAUUGCCAAGUUGUUGAGGAAUACUCAAGAUGCAGAUUUUGAUGUUAGGGGUGAAAAGGAAGAUGGUGAUGAUGAUACCUAUGAAGAGGAUCCCGAAGUUGAAGAUGACGAUGUUGAACAAGAUGAGGAGGAAGAAGAUGAAGAGGCAGAUGGAGAAGUCGAUGAAAUGUUCGUGCCAUCUCUGCGCUUUAUGGAACAUUUGGAAUCCGCACUAGAUGGAAGUUUGACUUACAACUACUUUUUUGAGGCAUUUGUAAACAAUCUAUACUGGGUAGAUGUAUUCGUCUACUGGAUGGACACCAAUUUUACAACAAAGUGCUGUUUUACAGACACAGAAUGCAGAUUAAUUAAACAUUUGGGAGAAAACAAAGGAGCGCCAUAUUCCGCGUUUUUAGGGCUAGAGUACUUUUGCAGACUCUUUUGCUUUGAUACACUCUACAUUAGUCUCCUGGAACGAAUAGAACGUAGGGCUGGACAGUGUCUAACCUACCUACCAAUCACACAACUCCUCAUUCAGUAUCUCACAUUCGUUGCUUCUGAUUACUCUAAAACACAAGAGUACGGAUUGGAUGAUUAG